AUGUCACUGCCGCCGCGACCUCGUGGUCUGGCACCUGUGAGCGGGGAGUACAGCAACCUGGCCGGGCGGGCAUCUUCUACGAUGGGCCAAUUUGCCGGCGGUUCCGUGCCUCAAGGAAGCCAGGAAUUUGGCCAUGUGAAUCUAGGAUGGAUGGAAAACAGAGAGGCUGGAUUGAUGCAGCGUAGAGUGAUUCCUUCCACUGACUUCAGUUUCCAGCCAUCGCGGGCCCCCUCCCCAAACCAGCAGCCACAAUUCCCCUUCCUAGAUGCAUCACAGGGUGUCGUCGAGGAAUUAUCUGGUGCCAUGGAUUCAAGGGGAUAUUUCACUGGUCUGGUGGAAAAUGGCUUAGGUCUUUCUGGUGAGUUUGAAAACCCACCUCCUUCUCAGGAAGUAGUAGCACAAGAUGAGGUUGAAGCAAUAGGGAAAGCAAACAUGAAAAGAACAAAAAACUUCACAAUUGAGGAGGAUGAACAACUAGUGAAAUCAUGGCUCAACGUGAGUUUGGAUCCAGUAAAAGGUGUGGACCAAGCACGUACCACAUAUUGGAAACGGAUACACGCACAUUUCCAUGCCCACAAGGAUUUCUCAUCUGAUCGCACACAAGGCUCUUUGGUAAAUCGUUGGUCUGGUAUACAACAUGAUGUGAACCUCUUUGCUGGUUAUCUUUCCAAGAUUGAGAAUAGAAAUCAAAGUGGCAUGACUAUCGAUGACAAGCAAGCAGAUGCAUUGAAAAUGUUCAUUAAAGAAGACAAGCACCAUAGGCAAUUUCCAUACAUGCAUUGCUGGAAAUUAUUGAAAGGCACAGCUAAGUGGGCAGAUAGGCAGAAGCAGAUGCAAACCCAUAAGACAAGCAGUAAAAAGCAAAAGGUUGUAGCCAAUUCAAGUCCUGCAUCAGCUCCUCCAUUGUUGACCACUGCUACUACUGAUGACAAUCAACAUUCAAAUAAUACACUUCAGAGACCUCCAGGGCAAAAGAAGGAGAAGCAAAAGUUACGGCAACAUUCUAGCAUCGAAGCAUUGGAUUAUCUUUUGGCAAAAAGGAAAGAAGCCGAUGCAGAAAAGGAGUUGAAGAAAGAGGAGAGGUGCAAGAAAGCCUUUGCGUUGCAGGAAGAAAGAAUCAGGUUGGAGAAAGAAAAACUUGAGUUACAAAGCAAACAAUUUGAGUUCAACAAGAAACUAGAAGAAGAGAGGGUUAUGAAUGUCGACACAAGGCACAUGAGUAUUGACCUACAAAAGUACUACGAAGUGCUCAAGAAAGACAUAUGUGCAAGUCGCCUAAAUAAUUAGUACUUGUUCUUAUAUAUUUUGUAGAACUUGGUCUCAGAUUACCACAUUUGCUGUCUCUAUUAAUAUAUUUGUAGUACUUGUUCUCAUAUUGACAACACUUUGAGUUCUACAUGGCUGUUCUGGUCACAAUCAGUUUGA